AUGCCGAGGUCUUUCACCAAAUACAAAGAAGAACACAAGGGAGACAGAUGCCCAUUAAAGAUGACCCUUGAUCCAGUGGAGAUGUACGACUUCAGAGACACAGAGCAGUCGUCCAGUUUGCUGCUGCAGCUGAACAAACUCAGACAUAAGCAGAUCUUCACUGAUGUGUGGCUCUGUGCAGAACAGACUGAGAUCCCCUGUCACAAGAAUGUCCUGGUCUCCAGCAGCCCCUAUUUCAGAGCCAUGUUCUGCAACAACUUUAUGGAGAGGCAGCAGUCCAGGAUUGUACUCAAGAGCAUCAGCGCAGACAUUCUCAGUGCUAUCAUAGACUAUGUUUACACUGGACGAGUAAACAUCCACAUGAACAAUGUAUUGCCCCUGAUGCAGGCAGCAGCCAUGUAUCAAUAUGAACGGCUUUUUGAGGGAUGCUCCAGUUUUCUCCAAGUGCAGUUGAGUCCAGACAACUGCCUCAGCAUGAUCCGCCUGUCAGAGAUCCUGAACUGUGAGAGUUUACAGGUCAAAGCCAAGGAGAUGGCCAUGAGGAGUUUCUCAGAUGUGUCAACCUCAGAGGAGCUGUGUGAACUGUCUUUGCCUGAGUUGAUGGGAUACCUGGAGGAUGACGGCCUGUAUGCGGAGGAGGAGCAGGUAUUUGAAACUCUUGUAGCCUGGAUCCACCACGACCCACUGUCCCGCAGAGGUUCCAUCAGUGAUCUGUUCAAAAAGGUGCGUCUGCGCUAUAUCCACCCGACAUAUCUAUUCCAGUUCAUCGCCAACGACCCUCUGAUCCAGUCAUCCACUCUUUGCACUGAACUCAUUGAAUCUGUAAGAAGGCUAAUGUUCUCAGUAAGCAACAGAUACAUAAAUAACCCUGAGAUCAAACACAUGUGGGUGGCUCGGCGGCGCUACUCCUGCCUGGACAGACUGGUGGUGGUAGGGGGCAGAAAGAACAAUGAGCAGACGUCCAGAGAAGCUUUGGUUUUUGAGGAGCAGACACAGACCUGGCAGAGGCUCGCCAAGCUGCCCAUUCGCCUUUACAAAGCCACAUACGUGGCACUACACAGUGUGCUGUAUGUGAUCGGAGGCAUGACCACUAGUGCAAAGUGCAACCAGGCCACCUCUGCUGUCUACACUCUCUCAUUAAAAACUGAUCAGUGGAGACUUGCUGAACCCAUGUUAGAACCAAGAUUUGCUCACCAGAGCCUCUCCUACCUGCACUUCAUCUUUGUCCUGGGAGGGCUUGGGCCAGACAGACGAGUGACUGCAUCUGUGGAAAGAUUCAACAGUAUGUUCAAUCAAUGGGAGUCUAUGGCCCCGAUGCCUGAGGCGGUGCUGCACCCGGCUGUCGCUGCCACCAACCAGAGGAUCUACAUGUUUGGAGGAGAGGAUGUGAUGCAGAACCCAGUAAGGCUGAUCCAAGUCUAUCACAUCACCAGGAAUUUGUGGUCAAAGAUGGAGAACAGGACGGUGAAGAAUGUGUCUGCACCUGCUGCAGUUAUAGAUGAUAAAAUAUACAUCAUUGGAGGUUACACCAGGAGAAUGAUCGCCUAUGACAUAAAGUCCAAUCGUUUUAUCAAUUGUGCCAACUUGAAGGAAAGGAGGAUGCACCACUCAGCGACAAUCCUCAACAACAAACUGUAUGUCACUGGGGGCCGCUACGUCAAUGGUCAUGAUGCCAUUCAAGAUUCAGACAUGUUCGAAUGCUACGAGCCAAAGACAGAUUCUUGGACCUCUAAAGGCUGUCUCCCACACAAACUGUUUGACCACGGUUUUCUCACUCUAACUAGUGUCCAACAAACAUGGGCUAAAUCCUGA